UCUGUCGCAACGUUUUCUUCUUCUCUUUGUUUCACAUGAAAGGUUCUGAUGGACAAUCUGUGGCCGGACUAAAAUCCGGAUCAAACCUGCAUUAAAGCCAGAUUAAACCACGGGAUAGACUCGGAUUAAAGGCGAAUGCGCAGCGGGACUGUGGAUUCUGAUUUCUGAGUUUGGAUCAGAACCCGGGCCAUGGGUCUGUAGGACGGGAGAACUUCCUGGAUCUUCUGUCUCCACGCAGCUGUGAUGGAUCCUCGAGCUGAUUAUUGAUCCGUGAUUGAGUAUUGAUGAGCGGGAUGGCCGCGCGCCUCCUGCUGCUACUGCUCGCGCUCUGGAUGUGCGGACACGCCAAGAGCGCGUCUCCGCAGCAGCGACCCUCCUACAGCCUUUACACCAGCGGGCACGCGCACGGAGCUCGCGCCGCCAGCAGACACAGGAACUGGUGUGCGUUCGUGGUGACAAAGACAGUGAGCUGUGUGGUGGAGGAUGGAGUGGAAACCUACAUGAAGCCUGAUUAUCAUCCCUGCAGCUGGGGGAGCGGACAGUGCAGCAGGGCGGUGCUAUACCGGACCUACAUGAGGCCGCGGUACAAAGUGGCGUACAAAAUGGCCACGGAGAUGGAGUGGAGGUGUUGCCAUGGUUACAGUGGGGCGGACUGCAGUGAGGGUCCGGUUGGAGGAAGCAGACCUCAGGAGGGACCGGGCUGGGGGGCGAGCUCUGGAUCUGAACAGACUGCAGGACACGGCGGGCGAGUUGAGAACGAGAAGAUGAGGCAGUUGGAGGAGAAGAUCCAGAGUUUGUCCAAAAACCUGCAGGACCUUCAGUCCAGCUUGAUCACCAUGAACAGAGGAGGAGGAGGAGUGGGGGGAGGAGGAGAAGGUACAUCUUCAGGAGGGAGACACCCUGCUGAUGCAGCUCAGCCAGAGAUUAAAGAGACAAUUCACAGCAUUCAGACCAAACUGGACCAGCUGGAUAACCGCACACAGGCUCAUGAUAAAACACUUGUCAGCAUUAACAACCACCUGGUGAAUGGGAAAGGGAACGAGCUUGAUGGCGGUCCGCCUGGCGGAGGACUGAGUGGAGGAAGGCUAAAUUCGCUGAAGGAGGAGAUCCUCCGGGAGUUGGAGAGGAGGGUGUCGCUGUCCUGCUCGUCCUGUCAGGCCGGUGUGGAGGAUCUGCGCAGACAGCAGCAGGAGGACCGAGAGAGCAUUCGAGCUCUGGAGAAGGAGCUAAGUGCCAUGGACAUUCGGUAUCGGCAGGGCCUGGAUGGUCUGAGACGGGAGGUGGUCCGUCUUCGAGGAUGCUGUGACAACGUCAACUACCUCCAAAACCGCAUCACUAACGCUGAGCUCAAGAUCAGCUCGGCCUCAGAGAACUUUGAUGUUCUGCAGAACCGGCUAGACAAGCACCUCAGCGGAGGAGGCGGCAGCAGCAAUACUGAGAACGGCGGCAGCAGAGAAGGAGGGUUGGGAGGCGGCGAUGGAAUCGGUUUUGGUGGGAGAGAUGUUGUGGUGACGGAGGAUAGACUGGACAAUCGGCUGAAGGACCUGGAGCGGCGGAUCAACAACACUGUGCAGCGGACUGAGCAGAGCUGCUCAUACCUGGAGAACGACCUGAAGGACUACUUCCACAGAGAACUGGGGGACCUGAGGACAGUGUUUCUGGAUCGGUUUGAUGACCAGGCCUUCAGGGUUGCAGACAUGGAGCUGGACGUGGGGCUGGUAAAGGACAGGCUGAGUGGCCACGACAAGAGGCUGUCGAAGCAUGAAAACAACACAUCCACCAUGAGCCGCAGUCUGGAGGAGUGCAGCUGUGGUGGCUCUGAAAGAGGAGGAGGAGGAAGAGGAAGUGGUGACUGGGGAGAUGGAAGAGAAUCUACAGCAGGUGGAUCUCCAGGAGGUGGAUCUACUGGAGGUGGAUCUCCAGGAGGUGGAUCUACAGGAGGAUCUACAGGAGGUGGAUCUACAGCAGGAGGAUCUACAGGAGGUGGAUCUACAGGAGGAGGAUCUACUGGAGGUGGAUCUCCAGGAGGUGGAUCUACAGGAGGUGGAUCUACAGGAGGAGGAUCUACAGGAGGUGGAUCUACAGCAGGUGGAUCUACAGGAGGGGGACUAUCUGGGAUGGGAGGGGAACGAGAAAGUACGACAGAGAAAUCCCUGGAGUGGAGAGUCGUGGCCAACGAGGAUCAGAUUCGACACUUUAACACUGAACUCAAAGACCUGUCGGUGUCCGGAGACUCUCUGCACAACAAGGUUGUGGACCUUAGUCAUGAUGUGCGUAAGAUCAAGGCUCUGACCGGGGAUCACGGCGAGUACUUUAACCGAAUCGUGACUGAAGUGGAGAUGCUGGGGCAGGACUGUGAGUUGUGUGGGAAGGCUAAGGACGAGCUGCGGAGGCUGAAGAAUCACUCCCAGGAUGCACUUGGGCGCAUGCAGAACCACAUCGACAGACUCCAGGUCAGACUGGACUCAGGCAGAGAGGGCUGCUCCCAGAUGUGUUCACAGCUCGAGGACGAUGUCCGUCAGCUACGAGACGAUGUCAGGAGGUGCACCUGCCCGGACACAUCCAUAGGUGGUGGUUCUGGUGGUUCUGGUGGUCGUGGACCGGGGUUGGGUGCUGAAAAGCCUUUAGAUGGCCACAGUGUGAUCGGAGGCUCCAUCAAUAACAACCAUCUGAAGACACUGCAGGGCGAAUUGUCCGAGGUCAUCCUUACCUUCAGCGCCAUCAACGACACCCUGAAGGGCCUCGAACACACGGUGCAGAAACACGGCAGCGUCAUCACCGAUCUUGGAAACACAAAGGAUAAGAUCAUCUCUGAGCUGGACAAAAUUCAGCAGGAGGUGACGGAGCACAUUGAGGAGAGCCACGAGCGGCUGCAUGGAAUGGAGCGGGACAUCCGGCGGUUUGAGAGCACAGUCCUGGUGGAGAUGGGAGACUGUAAGAGGUCUGGAGACGGGCUGGAGAAGAGGCUGUCGAAGCUGGAGGGAGUGUGUGGGAGGCUGGACGGUGUCUCAGACUCCAUCCUCAACAUCAAGGAAGGACUGAGCCGACACGUUUCCAGUUUGUGGACAUCUGUUUCUGGUCUGAAUGAGUCGGUUGUCCAUCACGGAGGAAUCCUGGACUUCAUCAAGAAGAACCAGGACGAUGUGUACAGCAGGAUGAAGAACCUGAACUCGAGCCUGAACCAAGUCCUCAAAGACCUGGAGAGUUUCUCUGAGCAUGACCUGCCUGGCCUGCCUGGACCCCCGGGACCCCCAGGAGAGAGCGGCUUUAAUGGGCUGCCGGGCCCCCAAGGGCCUCUGGGAGUUCCAGGACAACCAGGUGAAAGUGGAGCACAUGGUCUGCCCGGUCUGCCCGGUGUUGACGCUCAUGUUCCCAGACUGUCGUUCUCGGCUGCUCUCACUUUUCCCAUGGAGAGAGCGGGAACCAUCAUCUUUGACAAGAUCUUUGUAAAUGAAGGAGACUUCUACGACCCGAGAACAGGGACUUUCACUGCUCCCGUGGACGGACGUUACUUCUUCAGUGCCAUCCUGACGGGUCAUAAGAAUGAGAAGAUCGAGGCGGUUCUGUCAAAGUCCAACUACGGCAUGGCCCGGGUGGACUCUGGAGGCUACCAGCCCGAAGGCCUGGAGAACAACCCCGUGGCCGAGGCUAAGACCCCGCCGGGAUCUCUGGCCGUCUUCAACAUCAUCCUGCCUCUGCAGACCCGCGACACGGUGUGCAUCGACCUGGUGAUGGGCAAACUGGCCCACUCCGUGGAGCCGCUCACCAUCUUCAGCGGCACGCUGCUGUACGAGGACAUGUGAGGGGAACCACGACACGCCAGGAGAUCUGAUGCUGUAAACGGUCUCUGUAUUCUCACGUGUUGGUUAUUCUUCUAAUGAGUGUGACCCAGGGUAACAGGAUCGGCUGACUUUCGGAUGGAUUUGGAACAAAAGUGUCGGGCAGACAAUGGACCAGAUGUUGUCAUGGCAACAUGUGAAAAACAAAGAAAGCUUUAUAGAAGCAGAACGUGUUUCUGUUGGAUUUUUAUAAUAAACUGCAGCUUUUCCUGUUUUAUUUCUGUUUUAUGUCCUGCCGAGCUUCAUAUCAUUCCACUGUGAUUGAGGCUGGAAAUAAAUCCAUGAAAGUCCAGGUGGAAGAAAUGUACAAUGUAAACUGCAUUACAGCUAAAAUUGUUAUUGAAGUUUUAUUAACAAAAUGUACUAAAAGUUUUAAAAGUAUUGGGACAAAUUCACAAUAUUUAUGUUAGUGGAUAAAUAGUUUAACACUAAUGUAAGCACAAGCAGCUGAAUGAUGAACAUAACUCAUUAUUAUGAAUUACGUAUUUUAAUGUUUUCACCAUUGGAGCAUCAGUUACUCAACGUGUCAACACAUAAUGUGGUGAACCAAAGAUAUUUAUAACGUUUGUACUAUCAGCUUCAGUUACAUGGAGAAAAGGACUUUAUAAACUUUAUCUUCUGACAGACCUGAGCUCCAGUCUUCAUGUUAACCUGUUUUUACACUUCUCACUUCUGUAAUGAUGAAUAAUGUUCACUGUCAUUAAACAAACAAACUGUGUUGAAUCUUUAGCAUGAUAAUCUUGAUAAAUUCAUAAAUUAUA